AUGGCUGCCAGUUAUAAGAAAUACCUAGCCGAAAAGGUCAUCAACGAACAAGAGAUUGUCACGUAUCGCUCUUUAAGCAGGGCUCUCAAGGUCCACUCCAACUUGGCCAAACGAAUGCUCUACGAAUUCCACCGUGUGGAGAACUCUAAGAAGCCGCAGAGUGUCCACGCAACUUAUCUCAUCACAGGCACUCAGCUCCCUACCCAACGGCAUCAUGUCUUGAACGGAGAUGCCAGAAAGGAUGGCGAUGAUGACAUUAUGCAAUGCAGUCCAUUUAUGAGCAGCCAAACAGGGCUUCAAGAAGAUGACACCGAGGAUUCUCCCCCAGUGACUUCCAUCACAUUAGUCCGCGAGGAGGAUUUAUCCGAAGCCAAGAGCCAAUUCCAAAAAAUAUUUUCAAUAUUCGUGCAUAGCGUCCAACCCACGCGGGUGCAGGACUUGAACAUUAUGAGUGACAUCGGACAUGAUAUUUUAGAGUCCCAAAUAGAGGACCCCCUCGAAUACGGAAAAAUAUACGGCAUGAUCCUGAACAAAAACGUUAUGCGACGAUCAGGAGUUCCGCCGCCAGCCCCUCCACCAGCCGCACCCGCUGAAGCCAUCAAAAUACCAAAGCCAGUGAAAGCAGAAGAACCAUCCAGGCCCACGAAACAAGAGGACCCUCCGCUGCCACAGGUGCAGGCUAAGAACGCAACGUCGCAACCCUCAUCCAGGGUACCCUCACGGCAAGGGGCAGGAACAGCCGCGGAGAGCGAAUCCAGCUCGCUGAAGCGGGGUGGUAGCGGGAACAUAUUCCAAGCGUUUGCCAGGUCCAAAGCUAAAGUUAAGAAGGAGACUCCUGAGGUGGAAUCGGUGUUUAUCCUGGAUGAUUCGUCUGAGGAAGAGCGGGAAGACCUAUUCCUCGACACGGGGACGAGAAGCAGUUCCUCCAAGCGGGAGUCGAGGAGGGAGAGAGAAGAGAAGCUGCGGAAAAUGAUGGAUGAAGAUGAAGAAAUGGCUGACGCACCCGAGCCACCACCCCCCCAAAACUGCGAAGCCGUCGAAACACUGCAAUCUUCGCCCCAGUCUAAAGCCGAAGAGGAAGAGGAAGAGGAAGAGGGAAAGGAAAGGGAAAAGGAAAAGGAAGCAUCCGUUCCCGCUACCAAGGGACGAAGACGAGGGCGGCGGCAAGUUAUGAAGAAGACAACAGUGAUGGAUGAAGACGGAUUCCUAGUCACGGAAGAGCAGCCUGUCUGGGAGUCGUUUUCAGAGGACGAAGCUCCGUCCGUUGCGAGGCGGAAGCUGGUCGUUGCGGUCCACGCGAAGCCUGCUGGUGGCAGGGGAGGGGCGAAAACGGGGCAGGGGAGUAUCAUGUCUUUUUUUGGGAAGAACCCUCUUCCCUCUCUUUCUUCCCCCUUGCCCCCUCACGCCAUACGGAGGUACAGACAGACACAGACACAGACAAGGAGCAGACGGGAGCAGCCACAGACAUUCGGACAUCGGACACCGGACAUCGGACAUCAGACAGCACACGCAGCCAUGAAGCUUCCUUCGCGUGCUGCAGUGCUGGCUUUGCUCGCCUGCCAGUGCUCCAACAAUGCUCGGGCAGCCGAAGCCCAUAGACAACACUACCUCCAAGAUAGCCCGCAAUCGCUCAUGGACGCAUGUCCCGACUACGCCGAAUACUCUGCGGUGAAACACGGCCCGUACUCCGACGGCCCCCUCAAACUCCCCUUCCAACGCCCCGUCGAAGCCUGUCGCACGUUUGUCUCCCCGGCCGUCGAACAGGUCAUCGAAGAGGUUACGUCCCGCAUGGUAGACAAGGACCUCGCCCAGAUAUUCCGCAACGCAUUCCCCAACACCCUCGACACCACCGUCCGCUGGCACACAAAGGGCUCCGAAUCUGUCCUGCCUCCACCUCCCAAGAAGCCCAAGAAGCCCAAAAAGAAACCUCCUGUCACUCUUCCAAAUGACGAACCCUGGCAGGGCCCUCAGUCCUUCAUAGUAACCGGCGACAUAAACGCUGAAUGGCUCCGCGACUCUGCAAACCAACUCACCCAAUACCAGUCCCUCGCCAAGAAGGACCCAGCCCUCCAAACCCUCAUCCACGGCGCCAUAAACACCCAGACCGAAUUCAUCCUCCAAGCCCCUUACUGCAACGCCUUCCAACCCCCUCCCCCCUCCAAGCUGAACCCCAUCCUAACCCCCCAGCACGAUAUUGUCCACCCAGCCUACGAACGCUCCGUUGUCUUCGAAUGCAAGUACGAACUCGACUCCCUCGCCUCAUUCCUCGCCCUCUCCAACAAAUUCUACGCCUCAACCCAAUCCACCGCCUUCGUCACCCCCCGCUGGUACAGAGCCGUCCACACCAUCCUGCGCGUCAUCGACGAACAGUCCCAACCAACCUUCGACUCUGAAAACGGCAGGUACGGACAAAACGAAUACACAUUCCUGCGCCAAACGACUCUGGGAACCGAAACGCUCAACCUGGGCGGGAUCGGGAACCCCCUUAACAACGGAACCGGUCUCGUUCGCUCGGCUUUCCGCCCCAGCGACGACGCUACUAUAUUCGGCUUCUUCAUCCCCGCCAACGCACAGAUGGCCGUCGAACUCCGUCGGACCGCCGACACCAUCAGAGCCGCCAAGGGACCCGAGGACCUCAUCAAGACACUCCGCCAGAAAGCAGCUACCAUCGAGCGCGGGAUUCGUGAAUACGGCAUCGUCAGGCAUCCCAGGUAUGGACAUGUGUAUGCCUAUGAGGUGGACGGGUAUGGAUCGCAGGUGUUGAUGGAUGAUGCGAAUCUGCCGUCGUUGCUCUCGUUACCGUUGCUUGGCUUUGGGAAGGUUGGGGAUGAUGUUUACAGAAAUACAAGGAGGAUGGUGUUAGAGAAGACUGGAAAUCCGUAUUAUUUGGUCGGGGAGGCGUUUGAGGGGAUUGGAGGCCCGCACGUCGGCCUCCAAUCCGCCUGGCCCAUGUCCGUCCUCAUCCGCGCACGCACAUCGACGGACGACGAAGAGAUCAUCCGAUCUCUCAACAUGGUGCGGAAUGCGAGUGUGCUGGGUCUUGUCCACGAGAGUGUUAAUGUGAACAAUGUCAGUGUGUACACGCGGAGUUGGUUUGCGUGGGCGAACAGUGUGUUUGCGCAGACUAUUUUGGAUCUUGCGGAGAGGAAGCCGGAGAUUGUGUUUGGGAAAAGGGGGAGGAGGUAUCGGAUUGCGGAGGACGUGGCGAUGGGGGUGGAGGAGUAG